CUGUCAGAGCAGCCACAGCUCACAAAAAAGAACUCAACUUAAAUAUCGAGAAAAUGUCUUCACUGCAAAUGUCCGAGAUGAGCAAGACCUAUCAGUACCGCAAGGUGAUGAAGCCCAUGCUGGAGAGGAAGCGUCGUGCCAGGAUCAACAAGUGCCUGGAUGAACUCAAAGAUCUGAUGGUGGCCACCUUGGAGUCCGAGGGCGAGCAUGUCACCCGCUUGGAGAAGGCCGACAUCCUGGAGUUGACCGUGACCCACUUGCAAAAGAUGAAGCAGCAGCGUCAUCAGAAGAAGGCUUCCGGCGAUGAGAGCUUGACUCCGGCUGAGGGUUUCCGUUCCGGCUACAUCCAUGCCGUGAACGAGGUCUCCCGUUCACUGUCUCAACUGCCUGGAAUGAACGUCAGCCUGGGCACUCAGUUGAUGACCCACCUGGGACAGCGACUCAACCAAAUUCAGCCAGCUGAGAAGGAACCUCUUCCCGUCACCGCUCCUCUCUCCGUUCACAUUGCCACCCGGGAUGCCUACUCCGUGCCCAUUUCGCCAGUCUCCAGCUACGCCGGCAGCCCCAACUCCAAUGCCAGCUCCACCAGCCACUCCCUGUUGACCACCAUCGACGUGACCAAAAUGGAGGACGACAGCGAGGACGAGGAGAACGUCUGGCGUCCCUGGUAGAAGGGUUUUCUACUUAUAAGAAAAGAACCCCGGAGAGAUGAUGGAAAGUAAAAGUCUUCCGAGUCACUGGAAUUCCCCCAGUUGCGACUCCCCACCUAGUUUUAAGCACCUAAACACCAUAAACACACAAAGCUUUAGAUGAGAACCCUCGCAGUUCAUGUGAUAACUAAAUAAAUAAUAAAUUAUAUAGCUAAAAUUGAAA